AGAGGAGUUGUCUAGUUACUAGAAGGUGAAUCUUCUAGCUAGUAAUUAGCUCAUCAUGCCAACUACCAUGGUGGCGAAACGAGCUCGAGCCAUGUGGUGGAUGAGGCUACACUCGGCCAUUCGAACCGCCUUGGCAUGCACCAUAGUGGGGUGUGUCACCCUAUAUAGUCCACCUUCUCUUGCGAAGCAACUAGCAUUUCCUUCUUUUUCUUACGUUACAUCGAUAUUCAUAAUGUCCGAUGCCACGUUAGGACAUGCCUUAAGGGGAUGUUGGCAUGCAUGUCUUGCCACACUUCAAGUCAUGCCACUUUCCAUGUUAGGCUUAUGGCUUCAUGACUAUGUCGUCGAUGACCACUUCUCGCCCGAGAUAGCCGCCCUGAUGAUGGCAGUGAGCGCAUUUUUGGUGGCGUUGCCGGAGAGUACGGACUUGAUGUGUAAGAGAAUUGCUUUUGGACAGCUUGUUAUUGUGUAUGUUGAUGCUGUUAUUCAUGGGGUUUAUGCCAAUUCUCUGGUUAUGCAUCCUCUUAGAAUUGCUUUUAGCACUGUACUUGGAGCUUUGGCUUCUAUCUUGGCUCUGUUGCUGCCCUAUCCUUGGCUAGCUUAUCAUGAGGUGAGAAAACUAUACCAAAUUUAUGCAGAAAGUGUUACAGGUAGAAUAAAUUUAUAUUUGAAAGCCAUCCAUUCUCAAGACGAUCAGAUAACCAUGGAGCUAAUAUCUCAAGCCAAGCCCUUUACUGAUACAGGAACUAAGCUUCUUGAGACUAUCAAAUUGUUGGAGGAAGGUUUGCAAUGGGAGAAACCUUGGCUGAGAUUCUUGAAUCCCUAUUUCGGAGAUCCAGGACAUGGUUUCCAGAACAUGGAGAUUUCAAUGAAAGGAAUGGAAGUGGCAUUAACUUCUUGCCCUUCUUUUCCCGCAAGAAUGAUAGAUAAAGAGCUCUUUAAAGUCUCCCAUCAUGUUAUGAUGUUUCUUGGUGAAAGAAUGGGGCAAGAUAGAUCCUCUUUACCACAUCAUUCAACAACAGAAAUGGAGUUUGAGAAGCAGUCUUCUAGGCAGAACCCUGAACCAAUUUUACCAACAAAACAAGAUCAACCAGCACUUUUCUUCUUAUCCUGUUUUAAAAUGUGUGCGAGUGAUUCUGACACGAUCACACCUAUAACCGAAGAAUCAAUAUAUACAACGGAAAGUAGUAGUAACAAAUCGUGCUACAGACGAGUCUGUGUCAAUUGGACUAUGCCAAUGAUCAACGAAAGAAUGGUGGUAUUCGCGUUUAAGUGUUCAAUUUCAUUGGGGCUAGCCGUGCUACUUGGUCUUCUAUUUAAUACUGAAAAUGGAUACUGGUCAGGCCUCACAAUAGCCCUCAGCUUUGUUACAGGAAAACAAGCAAUUUUCACAGAAGCAAAUGCUAGAGCACAAGGAACAGCUAUAGGAUCAGUCUAUGGUGUACUUGGCUGCACUAUUUUUCAAAAAGUCGCGCAAAUAAGGUUCUUAUCGUUACUCCCUUGGAUUAUUUUCACCACAUUUCUAAGGCAUAGUAGAAUGUUCACUCAAGGAGGGGGAACAGCAGCAGUAAUAGGUUCACUACUGAUUUUGGGCAGAAAGAGUUUUGGUCCACCUAGUGAAUUUGCCAUUAUUAGACUCACCGAGGCCUUCAUUGGACUAGCUUGUUACGUCGUUGUUGAGCUUAUUUUGCAACCUACAAGUUCAGCCAAUUUAGUCAAAAAACAUCUCUAUCUGAUCCAAGGAACACUUAAGGAUUGCGCUAAACACGUGGUAGUUGAUUCGAAGGAGAACGGGCUAAUGGAAAAGCAAAAGAAUCUGAAAUCUCAAGUCCAUGAUUUGGAAAAGUUCAUUAAAGAUGCAGUCUUGGAACCUAGUUUCUGGUUUUCUCCUUUUCCAAUUUCUUGUUACCAGAAGCUCCAAAAGUCUUUGUCAAAGAUGGCAGAUGUUCUGUUCUUCAUGGGAUAUGAAAUCGAAUUCCUCUCUCAAGCGUUCGAUAGGUAUUAUCCUGAUAAAAGGGAGCUUCAACAAUACAUAAACAAGGAACUAGAGCAUUUUAAGGAUGCCCUAAGCUCUUCAGUGAGCUGCUUUGAGAAAACCAUUUCUAUCAGACUGUUAAAAACUUCUCAAAUCCAGCCAGAGCAGAAUAUAUUGAAUGAUCUCGAAGAAGGGAAUUCAUCACGGCCAAAUGAGUGUAUCAUUUCUUCCAGAAAUGAUGAAGAAAUGGAGAUGAUUGUGCGUUCUUUUCUUCAGAACUCAACGGAGGUUUGUGGUAAAGUGAGGGACAUUGCAGGUAUGGAGCUUAAAGGAACGAUCGUUGGUUGUUUGUGUUCUUUAGAGUUUUGCAUGAGCUUUUUGGAGAGAGAAGUAAGAGACAUCGACAUAGGAAUAAAGGAUUUGGUGAGAUGGGAAGAUCCUUUGGGUGAACCCACGCGUUCAUAAGAAUCUGCUACAAGUUUCUUUAGUUACUAUAAGCAAAUCUAUAGAAUAAUGGUAACAAAACAUAAAGUUGUAUAUCUAAAGUAGGGCUUUAGCAUUUUAUCAUCUAUAGUUGUUUCUUUCUUA